UGACUGUAGAUGUAGGGUGUCGCCGGCCGCGGUGGCUCCAUUCGAAGGCGACGGCGGUCGUCUAGCUGUUUGUCGGCUCGCGUACAAAUUAGAAAAUAAUAAUAAUUAAAAAAAAAAAAAGCCUACAACAACAACGGAGAAAUAAAAGGCGUUUGAGGCUUUUCGGACUGUGAUCCGGAGGAGAGAGUGAGAUGACGACGCGGUGGUGGUAACGGUGAUAAACGCCCGGCUGUGAAGAAAGAGUGAAGGGGUUUCGGAGAGAGGGAGCCAUUUUGUCCUGAACUGUGUGGGAGCAGAGAAAGAAAGCAGGAAGGUGGAUUAUUUUUUAUUUCAAGACCGCUUUUUCUGAACUGUUCCUGAGGGCUAACGCCAACAACAAGAGCAGAAAAAAUCACCUCAGAGUUUAAGAAAGAGAGCGCGGCUUUUAGCUCGCGCUACAGCAAAUUAGCCAAGCUAGCGUUAGCUUAGCUUCAAGCUAACCAAGAAGAAUUCGCUUCACAACAGGAGCAACCGCUGUACAGUAUUGGUGUUGUUUGGGAUCCCCUCCUCCUCCCUCCCUUUCUCUCUUUCUCUCUGUGUCCCUUCUGUAGUGUUUUAAAAAACACAACAUGGCGAAGAAGACGUACGACUUGCUGUUUAAGCUUCUCCUGAUCGGAGACUCCGGUGUGGGGAAAACCUGCGUGUUGUUCCGCUUCUCAGACGACGCCUUUAACACCACCUUUAUCUCCACCAUAGGAAUCGAUUUUAAGAUCAAAACAGUCGAACUGCAAGGAAAGAAGAUUAAGCUACAGAUAUGGGACACAGCAGGUCAGGAGAGGUUCCACACCAUCACCACCUCCUACUACAGAGGAGCCAUGGGCAUCAUGCUCGUCUAUGACAUCAGCAACGCCAAGAGCUUCGAGAACAUCAGCAAGUGGCUCCGGAACAUCGACGAGCAUGCCAAUGAGGAUGUGGAGAGAAUGCUGCUAGGCAACAAGUGCGAUAUGGAGGACAAACGGGUCGUACCCAAGGCCAAGGGAGAACAGAUUGCCAGGGAACAUGGAAUCCGUUUCUUUGAGACAAGUGCGAAAGCCAACAUUAACAUCGAGAAGGCCUUCCUCACGUUAGCAGAAGACAUCCUCAGAAAGACACCUGUAAAAGAGCCCAACAGUGAAAACGUCGACAUCAGCUCUGGAGGCGGAGUCACAGGAUGGAAGACCAAGUGUUGCAGUUGAACAGUCUCUCACACACAUUCACGAGCACGUGUCCCCACACACGCACACACGCCUACACAUGCAGUUUCUUCUCUUGUCUUCAUCUUACACUCGUUUCCUCCUACUUUGUAUCUAACUCCUCCUCCUGUUGCACUCUUUCACCCUUUCUCUCUCUUCUUUCCUGCGUGUUUUUUCCUCCCUCUCUCUCCGCUCUCACCUGCUUGCUGAGUUUUUAUUUCUGAUGACGAAAAACAGUUGUAUAGAUAAAAAGAGAAAUCCUGUCACGCUUCCUGUCAUUUAUUUUAAAGGUUUGAAAUGAGAAGGAAAACCCACAACAGAACCGUCUCACCACUACAUUUUUAAACAUGAAAUCUGACAUGAGGGUUCCUCGGAACCUUCUGGACUUUUUUUUUUUUUUUUUUUUUAAGACUCGUCAGUGUAAAAAGGAGAAAAAUGAGCGGAAUGACCCAAGUGCUCAUGACUGUGUACAGUUUCUGGAUUGGUGGUUGGGUUUGUGUGUAAAUGACUUGCCAGUUAGUGUGUAAGGAAUUUAGUGUCAUUUUUUUUGUUUUUUUUUAUUUUUGUCUGGUGCCUUAACAUGGAGCCGGAAGGUCGAACCUCCCAUCUGCCCUAAGCAACACACACGUACACAAAAUGAUGCCACCGAACUCGCCAUAACACGAACCGAAGAGGGUGGCAUUUUUGUUCUGAAUAUCUUCACUUUUUUUUUUUUGAAUGUUUAGAUUUUUUUGUCACCUUUUUGUUCUCUCCCCUUUUUCUCCUGCAUGCCAUAUUUUUUUUCCCUCCUUUGGUUUUAAAAACUUGUGCAGCAAGAAAAAAAAGCAGCUGCACGACUCGUGCAAAAGGGUGGGGUGGGGUGUAGUUCUCUUGGAAAUUUUUAUUUUUUUUUUGCAGAUCCAUUAAAAAUAAGCUUGUUUAAGUUA